AACAACUAGCAGCACGCAGCAACCAAGCACAGCAUCCAUCUGGCGCGCAGGUUGGGCUCCGCUAGGCGGAGGCGUGCGGCAGGUCCGCCAUCGAGGGCAGCAGCCAGGGCCAUCGAUUUGGAAAGCAAUGCCAUCGAAAGGCUCUUCUCAGAUGACCAUGACAAAUCAACGCAAUUUGUCCGAUCGACGAGCCCAGCAACCUCUAUCACAGGUUUAUGUUGAUGUUGACAGUGAGCAUGGGACUGCAGAGCGUCAAGAAAUAGGGACGGCAAAGAGAGCCAGAUGGAGUCACCAGAUGAAGAUGUUCCUUAUUGAGCUCCUAACAGAUCAUGACGUGCCAGGUUUUCGAACACAAAAUGCUUGGAGUAAGGAAGCAUGGACAAAUAUUGUUUGCCGCCUGAAUACAAAAUUCGGUACAUCAUUUACGACCAACCAAGUCAAGCAAAAGGAGCAGGAUUUGAAGAAAGAUUAUCGCAGUGUUAAAGAUUUGUUGGAUCAAAGUGGUUUUGGGUGGGAUAGUGACAGAAUGAUGGUGAGUGCACCACAAAGUGUUUGGGACACUUUUGCUGAUCGCAAGAACAAAGAUGCAAUUCAUUGGCGAGAUAAGUCGUUCCCAUAUUUUGAUGAUUUAGCUCCACUUUAUGAUGGUCGUUAUGCUGAAGGGAGAACUCGCCAUGGUAUGGACCAUUAUGCAAGGAAGACAAAGAAUGCACCAGCUCAUUCAACACAAGAAGCAAAUGCGGUUGAUACAUAUCAGUCACCAUCCCCUAAUUCAAAUGCUCCAGGUGAAUCAGGUUUGCAAUUUCCUUUUGGUGAAGAGGUUGAGACAGCCAAUUUGGACUUUUCACAGCAUUCACCUACCCCUGUCCAUCUCACAAAAGUCCCACCUAGCUCGGCACAAACACCUUCAGAGGUUCCUGAAUCUCGACCUGGGAAGAAACAAAAGAUCAAAUCUGUUAGUCCUGAUGAUGGAUUUCAUGAGAGAUACCUAAAACUUAAAAAAGAAGACAUAGAUCGAUUUGCUGCAAUUGAGGAGAAGAAAUUGGAGGAUCCUUACAGCAUCAACAAGUGUAUCACAGUGCUUGAAGGUUUACAUGGUCUACAAAUAGGAGAUAUAUUGGUGGCAGCUGAUAUCUUCAAAGGUAAGGAUAAUAGGGAAGUUUUCUUGUCCUUUUCAAGUGAUGCAUUACGCCUGGCUUGGAUUAGAAAGGAAAUCGCAGCAUUAGAGUGAGUACUUUUGUGAAACAUAUGGCAUGCAAGUAGUAGGAUAGUACUUUUGUGAAAUAGAUGGCAUGCAAAUAGAAGGAUAGUACUUUUGUGAAACAAAGGGGGUACUUUUGUGAAGCAGAUAGUAGUAGGAUAUACUUUUGCUUAGAGGGAGUGCAUGCAAGUAGUUACUUCAUUAAGUAGAAUGUGACAAACUUGGAGUACAAGACUAGUAAUUGACCUUGAAUGCCAUGGUGGUCAAAUGCAAUAUAUUAUUUCCUUCGUGCUACGUAAUGGUUCCACAUCCGUUGUGCCAUGUCAUCUCGUUUUCUAUUCCCAGCUUCUCUAGAGUUGUUAAAUUCUUGUACAUCACCAUUAUAGUUCUCGUCUCCAUUUGGCACAUCAACAAUAUGAUCUGGAUCAAUCUCCAAACGACAAUUACUUGGCCACACCAUAUCUCCAUUAUGCAGGCGUAUGAAGUUGUGUAGAACACAACAGGCAACCGAAAUAUCAACUUGUUUACGAGCUGGGUGGUGUGAGCCGGUCUUUAGUAUAGGAAAUCUCAUUUUUAAUACACCAAUUGCUCUCUCUAUAUGGUUUUUGAGUUGUGCAUGCCGAAGAUUGAAUAACUCCUUAUAAUUUUGUGGCUUUUGAUUAGCUCUGCCCUGUUCCUUUAAAUGAUAUCUUGUCCCACGAUACGGUGCUAGAAACUGUGUUGUAUUUGCAUAACCAGCAUCUACAAGAAAAAAUUUACCAGGAGGUACUUCAAAACCA